CAUCUCAAUAGCCGAAAAAGCCUCGUCCCGACCGAGACCGACGAGCUAACCGUCGACACCUCGUCGGACGAACACGGCAGGCCGUUGAUCAAAGCCUCGAUCUGCUGCGAGGACCGGUCGGACCUCUUGCCCGAUUUGAUCAAGACAUUAAAAGAUCUGAGGCUGCGUACGUUGAAGGCCGAGAUUACGACACUCGGCGGCCGAGUAAAGAAUGUGCUGUUCAUCACUGGUGAAGAUCAAGAAGAAGAGUUAGAUGGAGGAGAGGAAUAUUCUAUCAGCUCAAUACAUGAAGCCCUUAAAGCAGUUAUGGAGAAAUCCAGUAGUGGUGAUGAGUCAGCUUCUGGGAGUGUUAAGAGGCAAAGAACCAAUAAUAAUAUCCUUUGAAUUCAUUAUUAGGGUUUAUAAAGUAUAAUAUAAUUAAUUAACCUCCUUUUUUUC